CCAAUAAAAUCUUCCUAGGCCAGCGAUACAUCGCCAUAUUGCCCAUUAUUACACUCCAAUACAGCUCUCAACACACUUAAAGGCAUUCAAAUGGCUAAAUAUCUUUAAUUUGCCCUAGAAUUUUGAGUUCACGCAUCGGAAUGUGCGCCGGCAUUCCGACGCCCCCCGUCCAUAUUUUGACGCCGCCGCCGCGUCACAUGACUGAAACCGGCCGGUGUUUGGAGUACAUCCGCUCAGAGUGGCCGCGAAGCGCUCACGGUGACGACGUUAGCGACACGCUCCAUACAUGCAGUUAAAUACGAUAACAACAAUUUGUAUUCACUGUGAUCGUUUAUCUAAAAUGGAUUGCGGAGACCUAACUUAAGUGCAAUUGUUUGUGAUAAGUGCUGAACAAAACCUACCCGCAAAGGGAAUAAAAUGUAAACAGACAACUUGUAUCUGAUAUUAUCAUCAGCUAUUUUGUGAAACAGUGGUUUGUUGUUUUUGUUGUGCUUACAAAUGAAUAUGGAAACAAGGCAUUAUUGGGAGGAGAACGGGCAUUCCGUCAAAUAUGACAAGAGCAGAUUAGGCGGGAGGGUGUCAGACGCUCUCGCCAGGUCUAGGAACACCCCGAGUUAUAAUUCCAACGACGGUUUCGGCCGCGUUGCUGGCGAGCAACUCAACUUCGCUGCGCCAUCGGAAGACGAGGCCGAGUACCCGCCCGGCGCCUACUUGAAGAAGGGGAAGGUCUCGAGGCAAGACCCGAUGUCGCACCGGAUCAUAGAGAAGCGUCGCAGGGACCGAAUGAACAACUGCCUGGCAGACCUGUCGCGGCUCAUACCGCCCGAGUACCUGAAGAAAGGCCGCGGCAGGGUCGAGAAGACAGAAAUCAUCGAGAUGGCCAUACGUCAUCUGAAGUACCUGCAGGAACGCGCGAACGCUGCUGACCGAGGACUGGGGGAGGAGCACUUCAGAGCUGGCUACCAGGACGCAGUGGCCGAGGUCAUGCGCUUCCUCGUCGAGGUGCACGGGUACGGCCCGGGAGACGGCUUGUGCGUGCAAUUAGCUGCGCAUAUGCAAAGGCACUGCGAGGCUGUUGCUAAAGGCGAACCAUUACCGCGCGAUAAGCCGCGUUCACACCCUGGCUCAUCGUCGGAGACGGCGAGCUCGUCGAGUAGUUCCCAUGGCUACACUAUGAAGCCCGGCGUGAUCGCGCAGGCGCCGCCCCCCGCGCCGCCGCCCUUCGCCCCCGAGCCUUACGAGGAGCGCCCCCAAGAACACCCCUACUCUAUGGAAUGUGAUCGAGUAUCAGUGGCACCGACACCGAUGGCAGGAGAAGGUGAAGGUCUACCGGAGUCCGAGCCUCUACCGCUAGACGGGCGACGCAAGCGAGGAGAGCCAACCUUAAGAGCCGUGAGGAAACCUGACCAUAACGAAGAUUACCUGCAUUCCUACAAGUUCAAAAACUCAAUUGAAAGGCGAUUCUCGAGAUCACAAGAUACAGAGGCGGCGGACAUGUUGGCCCGCACCGCGCACGCGCACGGUAAAGUGUACUCGCACAAGCGGCGACGCGCCACGAAGCCGGCGCCGUCCACGUCCACGUCCAACUCCGGCUCCACCGAGGAUGCUAGGGACACCUCGCCGCAGGAUACGUCAAGUGAAUCACCUCAUCACCAUCAUUAUGACAAACCACCUCCUCCAGCGCAGUACGUCCCCGUUUUUGCGUUGAAUGCUCUUGGAAAAUACUACGUUCCGCUAAGUGUGGAUUACGCGUGCCUUCAAAGGCACCUUGGUCCGUACGAUGUGCUGGACGCCCGAGCGGUGCACCUGGCGGCGCCGCUGCACCCGGUGACGAUCCACGUCAACUUCCAGCCCUGUCUCAACUACCACGUCAAGAGGGAGCCCAACGAGCGAGACCAAUGGCGAGCUGUAUAAGUUAAAAGACACGUAUCCAGUGCCUAAUUUAUGAACUACGGUCGCCAUAUUUACAGUAACGGCGCCAACAUUUGAACAUGACAGCUAAUAUUUUUAAAAUAUUCUAAUCCUAAAAAUAAUGAGCCUUAUAACGAAGCUAUUUUCCGAAUAUCUUAAAUACAUAUAUUUUUGUAUCUAAUGAAAACAGCAGAUAUUUUUGAGAUUACGUAUUUCUAAUAAAAUGGUCAACUUAUAAAUGUUUGAUCCCUGCUAAAGUGCAAAGGAUUGAUUAAAUGUGAUUCGUUGAAAGACACAGAUUGGUCAAAAUAACCUUGAAAAGAUCUUAUCGAUUUUAGAAAUGUUAGUUCAGCUGUGUUUUUGUAUAAGUGUUAUCAGUCUCUCCAGCUGUUCUAGUCAAAUGGGAGUCAAAAUUAAGUGCAAUGUGGAACGUUGCAAAUGCAUAUAGUUGCAUAAAACAACCAAUCUUCAAGUUUGUGUAAAGAUACUUUAUUCUGUGGGCAAAUCCUGAUAAGGACAUUAUUAAUUGUAAGUUUUUAGCUAUGAACACGUUUUGCCCACAGUUUCCGCGGCGGCGUACUGUGAAUUUGUUUGAAGGACUAAUAAUGGUGUGGACAAUGUUUUCAGUGUUCUUAGUUACGGCUGUGAUAUGUAAAGAGUAGUCAAAAUAUAGCUGACAGCUGUGGUGCAUUAUUACCAGUACAAGGAGGGUGAUUUGACAUUUGAUACUUGCUAUAUUAGUAUAACAGUGCAGUAUAAAAUUAGAAUUAAAAUAAUAGGAAUAUUGUGUCAGUGACUAAAUCAUUCUUGUAAUUCUUUUGUAUAUAAUUGUUUUAAAAUAUUGUGCUGCUGUAUCAACUGUACAAACAUCCUUAUACCAACUGAUGAUAACUCUCCUCAGAGAUCAGACGUUACUGAUAAUUUGAAACACUAUUUUAAGCUGAUUCAAGGCCAAACAAAUUUAUUUUGUAAGACAUGUUUUCCCACCAAAUUUCCACAGCCCUGAUAUGCGUUUUAUCCAUAAUACAAUACGCAUAUAGGGAGCUGCUGAAUAUUGUUUCAAAUAUUUUUAAUUUUACUUAGUGUUUGGAGGUAGUGGUGGAGACAAGGUGUGGUGUCUACUUGUGGACAAGAUAAAGACUGAGGUUUUUAUUUAGCGGUAAAGUUAUGAUUGUUUUACAUUGGAUUCUCACUUAAAAUAUUAUUUACCGCAGGUUUGAGUUCAAUGUGCAAAGAAGUGUCAAAUUUUACGUAAAUUUAGUUCUAAAUACAAUUUAAAAUAUUCUGUUAAAUGUAUACUUUAUUAUAUUUUGUAAAUACAUAAACAUGUUUAAGUAAUAAAUGUUAUAAAUACUUGACAGAGUCGCGUUUAUUAUUUGCUUCAGUCGGGUAUCGACACAUUGUGUGAUGAGCUUGGAUUAAAGGAAAGGCACUACAUUCAAACGAAGAUUUUAUGUAAUUAAUUAUCAUAACAUCUUUUAUUCUCUAGUAUUAUUUUAAAUUUUACAUGCUUAGUUAAAACAUUGAGAAAGAAAUAAUAAUAUUUAACAUCUGGAUAAUAUACAGCUUUUCUAUUUACGAUCCACUUAGCGUUAAAAAAUUAUAUUAAUUAUAUAUAUUGCAAAAUAUUCCAUUGUUACAUCGAAUACCUUACAUGAAACAUAUCCGACGGGGGAGCGGGACAAGCCGAAGGUGGGUGCGAUCACAAGGAGGGGGAAGUACCAAUUAACUAGCUU